AACAUAAGCGCAAUUUCUGUAUAUUUUGCUGUGUCGGCCAUUCCCGUUUCCUCUCGGUUUCCACAUACUUUCAACCCCUUUACAAAUCACGCACGCGAUACAUGAUUUAAUCGCUGUUCUAUCGAUCCCCGCAGAUCCGAUCCAUACCCCCACCUACCGACGCCCCGCCGUAUCCGAUUCCCGAUUCAACAUCGUAUGGCGGCCUCGCGGCGGCUCCGGGACCUCCAAUCGCAGCCGGGCAACAAGAUCUGCGUCGACUGCUCCCAGAAAAACCCCCAGUGGGCUUCGGUAUCUUAUGGCGUUUUCAUGUGUCUCGAGUGCUCUGGAAAACACCGCGGACUCGGCGUCCACAUCUCCUUCGUCCGAUCCGUGACCAUGGAUGCCUGGUCUGAGAUCCAGUUAAAGAAAAUGGAAUUCGGAGGAAACGAAAAGUUCAAUAGUUUCAUUGCUCAGUACGGAAUCCCUAAGGAAACAGAUAUCGUCGCGAAAUACCAUACGAAUGCCGCAUCAGUUUAUCGUGAUCGCAUCCAGGCGCUUGCCGAGGGCAAAUCCUGGCGCGAUCCUCCCGUCGUAAAGGAAACCUUGAAAUCGAAUGGCAAUGUUAGGAACAAUUAUGGUAGUAAGCCUCCGUUGAGCGGUGGCAGUGGUGUAAAUGGUAAUGUAGGGUGGGAUAGUUGGGAGAGUUUGGAUGAUGGAGGGUAUUCUGGCAAUAAUUCGAGUAACAACCUUAGGAGGAAUAACACGGUAGGGGAUUUUAGGAACUCCGGAAACGGAGACAGUGCUCCAACAAGGUCGAGGUCCACGCAGGAUAUAUAUUCGCGGGCGCAGUUGGAGGAGUCGGCUGCUAAUAAGGAGAGCUUCUUUGCUAGGAAGAUGGCGGAGAAUGAAUCCCGGCCGGAGGGGCUUCCGCCCUCUCAAGGUGGGAAGUAUGUUGGAUUUGGAUCGAGUCCAGCACCGGCCCCCAGGAAAAAUUCCGAGGGGGAUGUCCUUUCAGUUGUUUCUCAGGGAUUUGGUAGGUUAUCUUUGGUAGCUGCAUCUGCUGCGCAGUCUGCUGCAAGUGCUGUUCAAGCUGGGACUAAAGAGUUAACAUCCAGGGUGAAAGAGGGGGGCUAUGAUCACAAGGUCAACGAAACUGUCAAUGUUGUGACUGCAAAGACGUCAGAGAUUGGCCAAAAGACAUGGGGGCUUAUGAGAGGGGUAAUGGCUUUGGCCACCCAGAAGGUCGAGGAGUACACAAAAGAAGGCUCUGGCUGGAAAAAUGAUAAUUGGCAGCGGAAAGAAAGUAAUAGUAAUGGUUACUAUCAGGAGUUUGGACAGGAGUCUAAAGGAUGGAAUUCUGCUGCUGCAUCUCAACCACCUUCAUCAGGACGGCAGGUUGCCUCUGUUAGCUCCAGUUCUUGGGAUGAUUGGGACACCAAAGACAGCAGGAAACAAGAGCCACCAGAGGGGAAAACAACCCAGGAUGUAGAUAGCUGGGCAGGCUGGGAUGAUGCUAAAGAUGAUGGAUAUGAUAAUUCAUACCACAGUGCAUCUGAUUAUCGUAAGACAACGAGUAUAAAUGGAAAAUCAGAUGCCAAGUGGACUGAGGGGGGUUUCCUCUGAGGUUAGCAUAGUCGAUAAAUGUAAAAUUGUCUGUAUUCAGCCUGCAAAGUGCUCAUUAAACCAAACUGUUUUUCAUGUUAUGAGGACCUUCUUUUACCUUCUGAUUUUCAAUAGAGACUACAUUCGGAUUUGUAAUCACUUUAAUUGUUUUUGACAGUUACUGUCAUCGUGUUUACAGAACUACAGUUUGAGACAAUCAAAUUAAGAUAUGAUCUGAAGAAAAAUAUGUCAUGGUUUAGUUUA